AUGUUGUUCCACAACCGCUCCGAGGCGAACUGCUCAAUCUGGACGGCGGAGGCGCGCAAUGCCGCCGAGCGAUGCAUCCGCGAGGAGUUUGGCGCGUAUUACGACGGGUGCGGACAGAAGUGCGUUCAUGAUUUGGAAUUCGCGAGUUUCGGGAGGAAUAUGGAGCUGGAGCACUUCGUUUAUGGAUUGGUAAGGAAAAGUUAGGCUAAAUGUUUCAAAUGGCGACAUUAACUUGGUUGAAAAAUCAAAAAAUUUUUCUUGUAUUAGUCUGUCGGGAAAAUAAUGAGCAUAAAGUUGCCGAUCGCGUCGCGGAAGUGAAAACAAUUUAAUUUUGUUGUGACACAAUUCAUUUUCUCGGCGGCGAUGUAAAUUUUUUGAUACGGCAGACUGCUCAUUAUUUUCCCGACAGCUGGAAUUAAACUGAUUUUUGAUAAAAAUCAAAGCUAAUUCCGGAUUUUAACACCUCAAAUACCUGUCGCUAGCAAUCUAAAAGGCGCCGAUUCGCUCCGUAUUUUUCCGACAAAUUGACAUUACCUUCCAGGCAGAUGUUUUAGCUAGCUGCGCGCUGAUAAUCAAUAUUUUUUGGACCAAAAAUGCUAAAACUUUCCAUUCACCCCAUAUUCCAGCUUUCAUUCCUAUAAACCAAAUUUCUAAAAAUUUACAUAAGAAGAACUUCAAAUUUAUCUUUCAGCUCUUCCCAGUCCUUGUCUUCCUUGUCGCCAUAGCCAAUGUUCUUGUCGCUCUAGUCCUAUCGCAACGACAUAUGGUCACACCGACAAAUGUAGUACUGAAAUACAUGGCAGUGGCUGACUUGUGUGUUGGAGUCAUUCCGUUGCCUUGGAAUUUCUUUUAUCACACGUUGAAGUGAGUUUUUGUAUAAUUCUCUAUUAACAAAAACCAUGAUGAUUUCUCGGACCUGCAAUUCUUGUAAUUAUAAUACUUGACGUGGCCAAAUAAGGCAAUAAAAAAGAUUUUUUUAGAAAUUACGAACAUGAAGAUCAGCUGGAAUUGUGGUGGUGUUACAUGUACAAAUAUUCAAUGGACGCCAUCCCACCGGUCUUUCAUAACAUUGCCAUGUGGUUGACAGUGCUGUUGGCUGGUCAACGGUAGGGCCGAUUUUCGAUUUUUCUUUCAAAUUUAGCCUUAUAUGAGCCAAUUGACCACCCUAACUGCCUUUUAAAAAUAUUUUUUUUAGAACCCUCAUUUUUUGAUCAUUUUUUAACUUCCAAAAUUGGCAAAUAUAUAUACACAACGUUUCGUUAUUUCAGCUACAUUUCAAUCUCAUAUCCACUGAGUUCGCGGCAGCUCUGCAGCGUGAAGAAUGUUCGCAUCUGCACGGCUGUUAUCACAUUCGUCUGCAUUUUGUGUGGCCUCCCCAAAAGUAUGGACAUUUAUUAUGACGUCUACGAUGGCUGGGCGUUCGACCGGAGCGAAACAUGGACUUAUCGACGGUACAUUUUUGAAUUCAUUUUUGAGAUAUCGCAUAGUGGAAAAUUAUUUAUAUUGCACCGUGCAAGUCAUGAAAAAAAAAUUUGCACAGUUCAAAUUUUUUUUUUCAAAUUCAGCACUGUACAAAAAAGCAAAAAAAAUUUUUUUUUUCAAAAUUUAAUUUUUCGUAUUUUAGCAGUUGUGUCAGUGGCCUAACGGCCCUUGUCACCACAAUCGGCCCCACAACCUUCUUCAAUCUCUACUUUCUUUCCCGAGUAUUUCUUUUCAUCCUACUGCCCAGCUUUCUCCUUACCAUCUUGAACUUACUGUUGGUGCGAGGGAUCCGAAAUGCCCAAAAAAGGAAGCACCACUUGUUGAAAGAGAAACGAGCACGCGAAGCGCAGCGACAAACAGACUCAAACAGCACCAGCACUAUGCUGGUGAUGGUGGUCAGCAUUUUUUUGGUGGUCAAUUUGCCCCAGGCGGUGUUUAUGUUGAUGGUUUGUCUGAGUAAUACGUUGGGAAUUCACAACGAUCUGUUCACUGGGAUGUUCCCAGUGGCGUUUAUGUUGGUCAGCAACAUGCUUGUUAUGGUAGGUUUUUAAAGUGGUUAAGAUUGUAUUGUAGUAAUGAUAUGUAUGUCUUCGUUCUUUUAGGCUACAUAUCCCAUCAACUUUGCCAUUUAUUGCUACAUGUCCAGCAGUUUUCGGGAUACAUUUAGAGUCUUGUUUUGUCGGUAAGUAUAACAAUUUUCGACUAUAAUACAUAAGAAAUUUUUGUAUCUCUAAACAAAAAAAUCUUGCCUUUCUUUCUUGCAUUUGCCGCAAUUUUGUGAGAAAUUAGGGGAAGGAGAGAAAGCGAAAGACGUCAGAAAACCGGUGUCACCCCAGCUCAAAAAGAAGUAUGAGAUCUUUCAAUUGUCUCCUCGCUGUCUACUAUUUAGCCGAUCCGACGGUUGGAUGAGUUGCCUCGGGCUGGCCUAGUAGAUCCACUGCUCGGUGAGCAGUCAAGCGUAACCAUGCUCCGCCGUCGGGUCCACUUGGCAACCUUUUUUGUCAUACGUUUGAGAUGCUUCUUAUCAAAAAAAUUUGUCAAACUCUUGAUGGUGGCUCGUAUUUUAAAAUUUUCCCCAAUUUAACGAAGACAUUAUUCUUUUCAGCUACUCCACCCGCUGGCAUUACCGAUUUCCCAGCAAGUCCGGUUCAGGCGGAUCGGCCGCGUUUUCGCGGCUCUCCGUUCGUCGCUCCGAUCCCAGUGUAUCAGUCCAGCUUACGAAUGGACGAAAAGAAUCUCUCAGCACAGACGCCGUUACUUCCAACGGUUACAGUCAACCUCCACCGUCUCAACAGUUAACGCACUCGGAUUCGAAGACGUUGACGCAGGAUACUGUAUUUUUGUAA